CCGACUCGACACCGCGGACCAGGGAUGCAGCGAGGGCGCAGCGCAGCCUGAAAAAUGGCACCGCCAACACCACCACGCGUACUGUGGAUCUAUCCGUCCUUUUACCUCUACUCUUUCCUGUUCGUUUCUUGUGGAGCUUUACGGAAUUACCCAGACAAUGAAGUUACAUUGUUGGAUUCUAUGUCCGCUUUGGCUGACCUGGGCUGGGAGGCAUAUCCAAAUGAAGGGUGGGAAGAGAUCAGUGUGAUGGAUGAGAGGAACACGCCCAUGCGAACCUACCAGGUCUGUAAUGUGAUGGAGGCGAACCAGAACAACUGGCUGAGAACACGGCACAUCAGCAGAGAGGGAGCACAGAGAGUCUACAUCGAGAUCAAGUUCACUCUGAGGGACUGUAACAGCCUGCCCGGAGUGCCCGGCACCUGCAAAGAGACAUUCAACAUGUACUACUAUGAGUCCAACAAUCCCAACCUGUGGUUCAUCAAAGAGAGUCAGUACGUCAAGAUAGAUACAAUCGCUGCAGAUGAGAGUUUUACACAGGUGGAUGUGGGCGACCGCGUAAUGAAGCUGAACACAGAGGUGCGGGACAUUAGUAACCUCAGUAAAAAAGGCUUCUACUUGGCCUUUCAGGACCUGGGUGCUUGCAUUGCCCUAGUGUCCGUGCGGGUCUUUUAUAAGAAGUGCCCCUUGACCGUCCUGAACCUGGCGCAGUUCCCAGACACCAUCACAGGCGGGGACACAGCUCUGGUGGAGGUGCACGGAGUGUGUGUGAACGCCUCCGAGGAGUUUGAGGCGCCCAAAAUGUACUGUAGCGCAGAUGGAGGCUGGCUCGUGCCCAUCGGGAGGUGUGUGUGCAAACCCGGCUUUGAGGAAAACAAGGAUGUCUGCCAACCAUGCAGACCUGGUACAUACAAGGCCUCAGCUACAGACGCCUACUGCACCAAAUGUCCUCCUCACAGCUCGUCUCCUCAGGAACAGGCCACCGAGUGCAUGUGUGAGAGGGGCUACCACAGAGCCGAGACUGAUCCACGUUCAAUGUCCUGCACACGUCCUCCCUCUGCCCCUGAAAACCCCAUCUCCACUGUGAAUGAGACGUGUGUGACCCUGGAGUGGUCUGCACCUCGGGACACAGGGGGGCGGGGCGACAUCACCUACAGCCUCCACUGCAGGAAGUGCUCUGGCGACGGCAAAAAGUGCUCCCCUUGUGGCAACAGUGUGCACUUCAUCCCCCGACAGUUUGGUCUCUCCUCCACCAAUGUGCUAGUCACCGACCUGCAACCGGACUCCAACUACAGCUUCACCGUGGAGAGUCAGAAUGGAGUGUCUGAUUUAAGCCCCACACCCAGGGGAACAGUGGUUAUCAACAUCACCACCUCACAAACAGUGAGCGUUGUGUUGAAGGAAAGGCGGAGCAAGGACAGCGUGACUUUGGCCUGGCAGGGUCCAGAGCGGCCCAAUGGAGCCAUAGUGGAAUAUGAGGUCAUCUAUUACGAGAAGAACCAGCGUGAGCAGAACUACACUGUCCUGAAAACUCGCUCCAACAUGAUGACAGUGGAUGGCCUCAAGCCGGGGACCACCUACGUGUUCAGGGUCAGGGCGCGCACAGAUGGGGGCUACGGCAGCUAUGGGGGAGAGAUCGAGCUGGAGACUAGUCACGAAGACGUUUUGGCCAUUGGAGACCCGAAUCAAUCGACUAUCCUUGCCGUCUCCAUUGCUGGGGGGAUUGUGCUGCUCAUCUUCCUUGUGACCUGCUUUGUUGUGAGUGGAAGGCAUUGCGGCUACAUCAAGGCCAAACAGGAUCCAGAUGAAGAGAAGAUGCAGUUUCAGCAUGGGAGAGUCAAACUUCCUGGCAGUAGAACCUACAUCCAUCCUCACACCUAUGAAGACCCCAACCAGGCAAUACGGGACUUUGCCAAAGAGAUUGAUGCUUCUAAUAUCCGAAUAGAAAGAGUGAUAGGAGCAGGAGAGUUUGGAGAAGUGUGCAGCGGUCGCCUGCGGGUGCAAGGGAAAAGGGAGAUAUACGUAGCCAUCAAGAGCCUCAAAGCGGGAUACUCGGACAAACAGAGGCGGGACUUUCUGUCAGAAGCGUCAAUCAUGGGGCAGUUCGACCACCCAAAUAUCAUCAGGCUGGAGGGAGUCGUCACCAAAUGUAAACCCGUCAUGAUCAUCACCGAGUUCAUGGAGAAUGGAUCACUGGACACGUUCCUCAAGAAACAUGAUGGUCAGUUCACAGUGAUCCAGCUGGUGGGCAUGCUGCGUGGCAUUGCCUCUGGGAUGAAGUACUUGUCAGACAUGAGCUACGUGCACAGAGACCUGGCAGCGCGCAACAUCCUGGUCAACAGUAACCUGGUGUGUAAGGUGUCCGACUUCGGCCUCAGUCGAGUUCUGGAGGACGACCCAGAGGCAGCCUACACCACCAGGGGAGGGAAGAUCCCUAUCAGAUGGACAGCCCCUGAAGCUAUAGCCUACAGGAAGUUCACCUCUGCCAGUGAUGUGUGGAGUUAUGGCAUAGUGAUGUGGGAGGUGCUUUCAUAUGGAGAAAGACCUUACUGGGAGAUGUCCAACCAGGAUGUGAUUAAAGCAAUAGACGAGGGUUACCGUCUUCCUGCUCCGAUGGACUGCCCUGUGGUGUUGCAUCAGCUCAUGCUGGACUGCUGGGAGAAGGGGCGCAGUGAGAGACCAAAGUUUGGACAGAUUGUCACAAUCCUGGACAAACUCAUCAGAAACCCAGCCAGCCUCCGGGACCUGGCCAACAGUUCAGUGUGUGUGAAACAAGAAGACCUCUGCCAAGCCACCAGUGUUCCAACAUUCAUCCAGACAUAUGGAGUCACACCAAACAGCCCAUUUCUGACCUUUCCCGUAAAUACAUCAAAUCCAGAGACACAGGCAGACCAACAAACACAUGAAAACAGGGAGGACCCGACCACCCCAGAGUUCAGUGUGAGCACAGUGGACGAGUGGUUGGAGGCCAUUAAGAUGGGCCAGUACAAGGAGAACUUCUCUAGUGCGGGAUAUGUCAGUUUAGACUCAAUCCUCUACAUCAGUGUCAGUGAGUUGUCCAAGAUGGGCGUGACUCUGGCAGGCCACCAGAAGAAGAUCCUGUCCAGUGUGCAGGGCCUGCAAACGUCGGGGACACAUGUUCAAGUAUAACAGUUUCCAUAUAAACACACAGUGGGACAGAGCCAAAAUGGAGGUUCCUGUGAAGAGUACCCCGCUGAAACGGAGCCGUGAUGGAUACUCUGUACUGGGGCCACCAUUGAUUUGGAGACACACUACUACGGAGCCAACAUGGACGCUUGACUCCUUCACUUUCCCUCCUGCAGUCUCACCAUUGACUCUGGUCUGAAAUGACCCUACCGGCUUUAGCACUCGACACAUAAUGAAGCAACAGAGAGACACUCACUCAGCAACAUGGCUUCUACUGUACAUCCUUCUAAAUCACGUCAUAUCAAAGUUGAAAAAGACAAAAGAAUGACAAAAUACAUUAAAAGACUUCAUUUGAUCACCGUCUGUGAGGUGUACAGUUGGUUCCUGCUGUUAUUUUGAGUUCUCACUUUCAGAGUUGAGUAGGCCAGACCAUAUGUAUUCUGUGUAGAUAUGUGUUUAUAUGGGCUGUGUGUCCCACAAGCAUAGAAAUGGACCUAACGUUUGUAAUGGUGGUGAAGUUUAUAAGCGUAAUAAGAUUUAUUACCCAGUAUAUAUAAAGGCCCCCCCCCGAUGUUGCUCUCUGAAAAAACAGAUAGCUUGGGAAGGAGGCAAGUUUCUGAACGAUGAAUGUGUGGGGUAUAGGGGGAAACAGGACCUUAGGAGGUAGAGGGGGAUAUAGCUCACGAAUGAUUUGUUUAGUGUAUAUGACAAGGAUAAGGGCUUCCCAUUCCCAGUGGCUGCUCUUCAGAACACUUCCGUAUAGAAACUAGAUCAGGGGUGUGGAUAAAACUGUUAGUACUACUCUUCCACAGCUAUAGUGGUACAUCCCAAACCAGUGUAUAAAAGAUGUAUUAUGUUGCAGGGAAUAUGCCAGCACAGGAGUUCAUAUCUUUCAGGUGUAACAAGAGAGUUUAAGUGUUGUGAAAAGGUGAUACAAAAUGGUCACGUUAGAGUUGACACUGUUAAGAACGUGUAGCUGUUUUUUCAGUGUGGUGCCAUGUACAGUAACCUUCAAAAUGUUCAUCUAACAUUGUGCAUCAUUCACCAGCUCCCACAGCUUUCACAAGGAACACAAGGCCGGCCAACUGCACCGCAAAUAGAUGAGUAGUUGUAAUAUUGACCAAAAAACUUGCUAUUUCAAUUUGAAGGUUUAAUCUGAAAACAUUUGAGAGCCUAUAAUAUUCUAUAUAAUUACUAAGGCUAAAGGUUUUUCAAACACAUUUUCCUUUAUUUAGGUUUUCUCCCAUUUAAAGGUACAAUAAAAUCUUUUGUGUGCACUGGCUCACUAGCACUGAACUUACUUUGAGUUUCUCUGGUACUCUUUAGGACCAACCGUUGCAUAAAAUACAGUAUAUAUGAAACAUGUAUUAUAGUGUAAAUUCUGUACAGUGUUGAUUCCAAUGUUAGAAUGUUUCUAAUGAUGAUGAUGAUGCCGAUGAUGUACUUUAAUUGUGAAAAAGAGAUUUUGACGUUCGGGGCGGGUCAUGUUGGAGCGUAGUGUUGUGAUUUCAUUUGACUGAACAAUGGAAUGUAGCAUGGUUGCAAAGCUUCUGUGUUGACUGACAGGUGACAGUGACUGCAGUUUCUACCAUAGUGUUACAUUGAGUAGAAUGAGCUUUGAUUCCAUUUGAAUCCAUAUUUAAAGUUGUGUGAUAUCAACUGGCUGAUGUUUUAAUUGAGUGUAUUGAGAACAGACAAAACCAUCUUCUCGCCAGAUUAUCAAAGUUUUAUUUAUUAACUAGAAACAUGUAUUAUUCCAUUUUACCCCCACAAAAAUCAUAAUCAGUAGGCCAUGUGUCAAAUUAGAUCUUGCUCUACACUGUUAUAGCUUAAACAUCCCACUGUGCAUGGUCCAAAAUCUAAAACAUAACAAAGACAGUCAGUUUAAUGUGAAAAACAUAUUACACGAUCCAUUAAGACACUUCCUUACACAUACAUUCUACAUUUUCUACAAUAAUAAAAGUCCAUUCUACUCUUACUAACACUAUGACUUCACUCUAGCGGACUUCCUUUGUGCCGCUUGCCUUUUAGAUGCCUUAUUUACUAAGCUCUUGUUCUUUUCUGUUGCCCUCCGGAGGCAAUAUUAGGAGUGAAGUGUAUGUACAGGUAGUAUUUAUCUGUGUUGCUUUAGGCUACUUCACAUCCACACACCCUGGUUUUGUAACAAGCCAACCAGCCAGACUUUAAAUAGCACCUCCACCACUCUGCAAACUGAAGAAAGAGGUUUGUAAAAUAUUCAUUAAAGCGAUGGCCAAUAAAAGCUGACAGAAAACGGCGAUGCUCUUAUUUAUUUCAAUAUUAAUCAAGACAAAGUGGUGUUGUGAUUGGCUACACUUGAUAUAUUGGUUGCACAGUUAAGGACAUGGAAAAAAAUGUCCUUUCACAGGCUUUGGAAAAUCACCUAAAUUGACACGCUACAAAGCUUGUGCCACUCUUCACCGUUUCAAAGUUAGCUGUGAUCAUCAAUACUUCUUGUCUGCCAUUUUUGCACAAAGGUCAGUAUUGUUCAUGAGUGAUUCUGAGCUCUUUCUCUCCUUCUUUGAACACCUCUUCUGACCGUACAAUAUACAUACUUGUCCACUUGCCAGUUCCCUCUGCGUUGCCUGCUGUAAAGAGUGUAGAAACUCUAAUGUCUUUCAUGUUGCUGUAAUAAAUAUGCUAAUAUUUCUAAUUUCUC